AUGGCUACAGCGCCGCCCUUGGUCGACGGAACUACCGUCUUCUCUGCGGAGAGCUACUUCGCGACGCAACCCCCACCUACUUCGUUGCAGCUGGAUGUCGAGAACGUUAGUGGGUUCAUCAAGCGGCACGCAGCGAGCGGGAGGAACGUUGUGCUUGUGACGAGCGGUGGGACGACUGUCCCGCUCGAGUUGAACGUCGUGCGGUUCUUGGACAACUUCAGUGCCGGGACGCGAGGUGCGACAUCCGCAGAGUACUUCCUCAAGUCCGGCUACGCCGUCAUCUUCAUGCACCGCCAGUUCAGUCUGCAGCCGUUCAGCCGGCACUACUCGCACUCGACGAACCCGUUCCUCGACUUUCUCGAGAUCGAGCCGCCCACUUCUUCCGCAACGGCAAGCGCCGGCGCGCAGAUACGGAUCCAGCCCGAGUCGCACGCGGAGCUGCUGUCUGUUCUAUCGGCGUACAAGGACGUGCACGCUCAGGGACUCCUGCACACGCUCACGUUCGUGACGGUGAACGAUUAUCUGUGGCUGCUGCGGGCGAUCAGUCAGGAGAUGGGUGUGCUGGGCCGGAGGGGGAUGUAUUAUCUCGCUGCAGCUGUUAGCGACUUCUUUUUGCCGAGGCAGAAGAUGUCGGAGCAUAAGAUCCAGUCGGGUAAAGGGAGCUUGCAUAUCGAGAUGGACCAGGUGCCGAAGGUGCUCAAGCCGAUGGUAGAAGAGUGGGCACGGGAGGGAUACAUCGUGUCGUUCAAGCUCGAAACGGACCUUAAUCUACUGAUACCCAAAGCGCGGCAGGCGCUCGAGCGGUACGGCCACCAGGUCGUGAUCGGGAACGACCUGCACCACCGCAAGUACCGGGUCGUUCUUGGGAAGAAGGGUGGUGCAGAAUAUACGGAGACGUGGAUAGAGACCAGUCCGACUGCGCAUACGGAGAUUGAGGAAGAGAUUAUCAGGGAGCUAAUGUGGCGGCAUCAGAAGUGGAUUGAGAAGGGUGUUGUAAAGUCAUGA